GUCAUCGUCUGUCAGAGGGAGGCCCAUCUGUCAUAUAUUGGGUCAACCUCAUCCCCCUCCACUUGCUCAAGGGAGCACGUGAGGUGAGCGGAGGAGUGAUUGGGUAUCACAGGGGCCAACACUGAAUGUUUGCUGAAUCCUGACUGCCAACCUUGGACCUUUGAAGGAUAUCAACCCAUCAGCAAUCAGUUGAGAUUGUAACCGUUGCUGUCGUUGAUGGGGGCUCUAUGCUCAAAGAUUUGGCUCCUAAUUCGGGGUUGACGUAUCGCCUUUUCGCCCCAACGUAUCGAGACCUCAUUGGAAUUGAAGAACAGCAUGCCGUCAAAACCACUAGAUGAACGACCUUCAUCAGCCUUUCUCAACCUCCCGUCAGAGGCACGGUUCGAGAUCUACAGCUAUUUGAUACCGAAAACAACAUUCGACAUUGACCUAUGCACGAGGCGCCCGCAGCCGUCCACCGCUGCCUACCGGUCAAACAUCUCCAACCUUGUCACACAUGCCUUGGAAUUCGAAACCAUUACCCGGUCGAAUGGCCUACAUCUGCUACAAGUCAGCCGACAAACCCGCAGUGAGGUCUUGAGCCUGUUGGAACGGCUGACGGUGCGAUUCCACUGCCCAAAAUGCUACGAAGGUCUGCUAGCCAACCUCUCGUACGGACUGGGUGUGGGAGUUCGAUGGAUGUCACAUGUGGAGAUCAUCUUUGACUGUAGCCAGGGGUUUGUGCAGGGACCUCCACACCGAGUCAUCACACACAGUUUUGCUCGAUUUGCAGUCCAGCAGUUGACGCGCGAGCUUCGUCGUACCACGUGGCUGUACUAUGGUCGCUUGGAUCUGGUCAAUCGCGAAAAAUGGUGGUUUGAACCAGAGGCGGGAGGUGAGCGUGUCCACAUGUUCAUGGCUGAUCGACAAGGACCGGUUGUGGACGGUGUGCAAUCUCCGCCGUUGUCAUCAUCUUCACAGUCGCCAUCGUCUCCUCGCUCUCCCACACGGCUUCGACGGCAUCGUCCCUUGCAGGCAGGUGCUUCUUCGCAUAUUAUGCAGCUUUUGCAGGGUGCGGAUGUGGAUAGAGAACGGAUCGUUCAACAUCAUGCAACUGGCGUCUCGAGGGAACGACCUGAUUAUCGAAAAUGGGUAAUUAGUGCCAUUUUUGAUGUCUAGACACAAGAAGGAAAAGGAGAUGCUACAAUUAUUCUGGAAACCUGCCUUAUAGGAUGCCUCUUAUCACCACCACACAUGGAAAUUCCGAAUUCUAAGGUCUUGGGGUGCAUACCAGAGCACAUAGAAGUCACAAGCUCACAAUAGAGCUGUAGUUUGAACAGCUCCUGGUCAGGCGGAGCUUCAAGGAAUCCAUUUGAUUCCAAUCAUGUAAUGCCAUAGUGCAAAAUUAUUGCAAUGUA